CUGAUCUGUCUGUGUCACAUGGCUGUCUUCUGGCUAUUCUCACUGGUGAAUCCCGGCCAUCGUCACCAAGCAAAUCUGGUUUUUAUUUGAUGUCACCUGGUUUUUAUAGAGCCUUCUGAGGCGGCCAUUUCUGAUGGGGAUCUGCAAGCGGAGCCACACACUCACAUCUGGAACACAUUCAUUCUUGGAGUGAGGCGACCGCCCGCCUGCGUAAUACCGCCUCCCGUAAGAUCAGCUGGAAGUGGCUUCUUUGGGAGAUUCAGCCAGAUGUGGGGAGGCUUCAGCUAGCCGAGAGCGCUCGAAACCUCGCAAUGUAUAGACGGUGGGUUUUGCUGGCGGCCGUGCUCCUGUCCCUGCAGAUCGGACACGCUCAGAGGACGACGCAGGAGAUGGUCAUGAUGCAGUACUUUGACAGGCGACUCUCCGAACUCGAGGACCGCGUUAACAGAUGCGACCAGAGUGUACAGACAUACGAGCAGAAGCUAUACGACAUCAGCAAGCACCUGCGUGGUCACCUGGACGGCCUGGGCGUCUUCAAGGCUGAAAUGAAGAGCCUGAUUGACAGCGUGGUGAUGAGGGUGGAGCGGACGGAGAGGGACAUCGAGUACAUGGAGCAGCAGAGCCCCCUACAGCCUUGCGUGGACGUCGACGAGGCCGUCCUGGAGGAGCAGGUGAAGGAGGCUCACAGGGAGACCAAGAGCAAACUGGAGCAGAAAACAGAUUGUGAUGUGGUGAUCAAGGGUGUAAAGUCCCUGAAGAUCCUGAAGCGAGCAGGGGAAGCCCAGGGCUCCUGGAUGAAGGAUCCCAGCAAAGGCUCAUCCAAGGUCUACUUCUUCAGCGGGACGAGGAACAGUACCUUCCUGGAGUUCAGCAACCUGCAAGCUUUCACUAAGCAAAACUCUACCCAGGGGGCGCUAAUGGUCCAGCUGCCAUUCCCCUGGCAGGGGACAGGCCACGCCGUGUACCAUGGCUUCGUUUACUACCACAAGGCUGGCACAGUCAACGAGAUUGUCAAGGUGCACAUCCGCAAUGGUACCUUCAGCGACAACAUGCUGCUGCCGGGGGCUGGGCGGCUGCCCACCUAUUCAUUGACCCCCCAAACCAUCAUCGACCUGGCCGUGGAUGAGCUGGGCCUCUGGGCUAUCCACGCCGACCCAGACUUCGGAGGGAACCUGGUGAUCACCAAGCUGGACCGGUCCAGCCUGGCGGUAGAGCACACUUGGGACACGGAGUGCAAGAGCCGGGAUGCGGAGGCGUCCUUCCUCAUCUGCGGGACGCUCCACGUGGUGUACAACUCACGCUCUGGUGGGCGCUCCAGCGUGCAGUGCAUGUACGACAUCCAUGACACCUUCCACAGCCCGGAGAGCCCAGUCUUUUUCUUCCCCAAACGCUACUCGAGCCACUCAAGCAUGCGGUACCACCCCAAAGACAAGCAGCUCUACUCCUGGGACGAUGGCUACCAGACUAUCUACAAAGUGCAGACCAAGAGGAAAAACGAGGUCGCGUCAACCUAAUUCACAAGCAAAGGCACCAUCCAGUAGCAUUAGGGGACAACCAGAUCUUAAUCAUGAAGGCAACAAGGUUUUUUAUUUUAGGAAUUUCUCUUCAAUGUAUAAUGACCAAAAAAAUGUGAACGUAAAGUUACAUUCAUACAGUAACAUAUAUUGAUGUGAUAGACACCAGCAGAUAUCUGGCACCAGAGUACCGCCGCAGUAUACAACAAAUAUUAAAGUUUGAGAAAACACCCUCUACUGGUCAGUCAGAGAAGUGCACAUGCGGAAUGCGAGCGUUGCAAUAAAUCACGCUGAGUAGCUACUGUCUGUCGGUCUGUCGGUGACUUGAUUUAAUCAGAAGUUACACUGAAACACAUUUUAUGGUUCAUUUAUGGUUUGCGUGGCUUAAAUUACAUAAUCGCUAUAACUGCACACCAACACGUAUGUUGUAUCAUUGUAAUAUAUUUUUGCAAGCAUAACUGAAAUGUAGGCCUAUAUUGUAAGAAAUUUUACAUUUCGAAAUAAAAAGCAGGUUUUUCUUCUGUUGUGCUUUUAUUUAAACAAUGUUCCAUUUAUUAUAACUAUGAGUACGCACAAUAAUAUACAUAUAUUUCAUAGGAAAAAUUUUGUUUGUCUUUAAAGACAGCUGCAAACAUUUUUAAAAAAUGACCAGACAUGCUAUUGCUGCUCAGCUUUUACUGUCGCGAACUCCGAGAAAAUCAUCAUAAUAAACAUAUGUAAGCUCUCA